CCUCCGGCGGGGAGACGUGAUUUUUUUUUUCCUUGAGCUGCUGGUGAAGACGGCGCCAUAUUGAAAGGCUAAAAUUCUUUUACUAAAAGCCUAAAACAUACGUUUGAGCCAAAAUGCUGUACUUAGAGGACUACCUGGAAAUGAUCGAGCAGCUUCCCAUGGAUCUGCGCGACAGGUUUACGGAAAUGAGAGAAAUGGACCUCCAAGUUCAGAAUGCCAUGGAUCAGCUGGAACAGAGGGUGAAUGAAUUUUUUAUCAAUGCAAAGAAGAACAAGCCAGAAUGGAGGGAGGAACAAAUGGAAGCAAUAAAAAAAGAUUAUUACAAAGCCCUGGAAGAUGCAGAUGAGAAAGUUCAAUUAGCAAAUCAGAUUUAUGACUUGGUUGACAGGCAUCUAAGAAAACUGGACCAAGAGCUUGCCAAAUUUAAAAUGGAAUUGGAAGCAGAUAAUGCUGGUAUUACAGAGAUUUUAGAAAGACGUUCUCUUGAGAUGGACAGUCCAUCACAACCUGUGAACAAUCAUCAUGCGCACUCACACGCUUCAGUAGAAAAAAGAAAAUACAUUACACCUGCUCAUCAUACAACCGAACACGUUCCUGAAAAGAAAUUCAAAUCUGAGGCUCUUCUUUCUACACUUACUUCAGACGCUUCUAAAGAAAACACACCAGGAUGCAGAAACAGCAAUUUGUCAUCCUCUUCUAACAACGUGUACAGUGUGAACCCCUCUCAGCCCUUGGCAUCUUACAAUCUAACCUCACUGCCUUCCGGAGCUGGGGCUGGGGCUGGCGCCAUUACCAUGGCAGCUGCCCAGGCAGUGCAAGCAACAGCACAGAUGAAAGAAGGCAGAAGAACGUCCAGUUUGAAGGCUAGCUAUGAAGCUAUUAAAAACAACGACUUCCAACUUGGUAGAGAAUUUUCUUUAACAAGAGAGCCAACAGGGUAUUCGUCAUCAGCUUUGGCAUCUACACUUACACAGACGUUGACUUCUUCCACAUCUGACUCGAGAAGCGGGCGGAAAAAUAAAAGCAGUACAAAGUCGUCAAACCACCAAUCUUCAUCCUCCUCCUCCUCUUCCUCCCUCUCCUCUUGCUCGUCAUCCUCCGCUCUGGCACAGGAACUGUCCCAGCAAGCCUCCACACUCCCAGAGUCCGAUUCUAACAACCAGGUCGACUGGACAUAUGACCCCAAUGAACCCCGCUAUUGUAUUUGUAAUCAGGUGUCUUAUGGAGAGAUGGUGGGCUGUGAUAAUCAAGAUUGCCCUAUAGAGUGGUUCCAUUAUGGAUGUGUUGGAUUGACAGAAGCUCCUAAAGGAAAAUGGUACUGUCCUCAGUGUACUGCUGCUAUGAAGAGGAGAGGUAGCCGACAUAAAUAGAUGGCUCUAUUCAGGUGACCAGAGAUAAAGCAGUGUCUUAAGGACCUAAAUUCCAUUUGUCAUUGACUUUUUUCUGAACAUUUGUGCUGUUCUUUUUUAUGCAACAUUUUAUACAUGCUGCACUGCCCCAGAAUAAUUAGUUGUUUUUUGUGUUAAAAGUCCAUAAUGGUAAUUUCAUGUAUCAGUCUAAAAGUGUACUACUCCAGAUAAAUUGAAUUCUCAAAAGUAUGCAAGUGUUUCAAUAAAUAAGCAACAACAGCUCUCAUGAUAAUGCUUUUAUUUGGUACAUACUGUAUCACUGCGCCUCAUAAGUCUCUAAACCGAUUUAUACAGGUCUGCCACCCUGACACUAAUGUAUGGAAUCUGAUGUUGUAAAAGCUGUGUCAGGCUCCUGGAGCCAACACUUAAAUGCCUACUGCACUUUACUGUAGGUUGUAAAUCUUGUGUUGGCUGAGGCUUUAUUUAAAGGACUGUAGAGACGGAAAUAACUGGGUGCUAGAUCAGGCCUGUGAUGUGGGUGGUCCGGGCCCUCGCACCUGUAACACUGUGAAACACACACACUGGUGCAACUGAUGGCAUGUAGUCUGAUUUUGCCUUGCAGCACCAAUGAUGUGCAGAAGUGGCAACCAGAUUGUAUUGGAUGAAUAGCCUCUCAUGUCCAGUCCAGCAUGUGACAGGAGCAUUCUGUGCUUGUACACAUUCGGAAAAUUCCCGUCAGUUUUAAACUAGUAAUUGUCGCCAUGGAAGAGCAGCACUCUUCCCCUGUGGCUCAUUCUGUAUCUGAAGACGGUGUUAUGGUACUGUACCUAUUCAAACCCUCCGUAGCAAAAUAUGCCAUAGGAACAUCAGCCACAGCUGAACAAGGCUUCACAACCAAAACAUUUUUUCUUCUUUUUACAUUUCUGCAUAGCAUUAACCUCUGCUUGUUCCUUUGCAGCACAAACACUGACAUCCCUCCUCAUUCUAGACAGUGUAGAAAAUUAUUUAUUACUUUAAUUUGGGAAACACCCUUGUAUGUAAAAGACAUUCCACAGUUCAUUUACCAUAUAAAUGAAACUCUUGGCAGCAUGUAGUGUAUUUUGUAUCUAUUGUAUGAAAUAAAUACUCAAAGAAAGUUUGGAAAUACACAAUGAUAAAUCAGUAUCCAUCACCAAAUGUGGUUAAAGACUGACUUUAAAGAACAUGGAGAGAAGUAAUUUAGCUAUUACCCAAAAUAUAUUUGAGCUUUUUUAGAAAGCAUCAGAAUAUAUCAGCAGGCUGAAGGAAAAAGAAAAUGUUCUUUAGAUAUCUGCAGUUACAAUUGUACAUUAUAGGAACAGUACUUUGUAGUGUGUAAAUCUGUGCCAUCAGUCUGUCAUUUUGCACUAAAUAUAGUGCUUAAUGUAUGAGAGAUGUUGAAAAAAAUAAAAUUAUCAAAUUCUUUUGAUAGUA